CAGCGGAGAGAGAGAAAAGAAAAAUAAAUACUGAAAACUCGACCGGUACAAAAAGCUCUUCCAAUUUGAUCAGAAAUUUUCAGACGUACACAUAGAAGUAGUUUGUCAAUCCUUUAUACUGCAAUAAUGGGGAACGUAUUCGGCUCCCUUUUCAAGGGUCUCUUCGGAAAGAAGGAGAUGAGAAUUCUUAUGGUAGGAUUGGAUGCCGCCGGUAAGACCACUAUUCUUUAUAAGCUCAAAUUGGGAGAAAUUGUGACCACUAUUCCCACAAUCGGUUUCAACGUUGAGACUGUCGAGUACAAAAACAUCAGUUUUACUGUGUGGGAUGUUGGAGGUCAGGACAAGAUUCGUCCUCUUUGGAGACACUACUUCCAAAACACACAGGGUUUGAUCUUCGUAAUUGAUUCCAAUGAUCGUGAUCGUGUAGGAGAGGCCCGCGAGGAGCUUCUGCGCAUGUUGGCCGAGGAUGAACUUCGUGACGCGGUUCUUCUAGUAUUUGCUAAUAAGCAAGAUUUGCCCAACGCGAUGAAUGCUGCCGAAAUCACCGAUAAACUUGGUCUACACUCUUUACGUAAUCGCAACUGGUACAUUCAAGCUACGUGUGCGACGAGUGGUGACGGACUAUACGAAGGACUCGACUGGCUUGCGCAGCAAUUAAAGAACGUCACGUAAAUUCUCAAAUACUGGAGUCAGCUGCUUGAAAUUGGUACACUCAUGCGCAACGGAGUAUAGUUGUGCCGAGGGUUUUCAAGUGGCUUUCACCCGUAUGCUUUCAGUGAGUGGCUUGGUGCCGUUAAUGACGCCUCGCACCUCGUAAACCAGAUAUUUAAAGUACAUGUCAAAUAAAUAGGGU